UUUUUUUCUCUUAAAACAUUCCAGUCGUUCCUUUGGCGGGAGAAUACAGAAAGUUGAAACCUAACGUAGUUGGAUAUUUGGAAUUUUGGAUCUCGAGUGAGGCGAUUGGAAUUUGAAACAGAGGAUUACCAAAUGGAAGGCAGCGAAAGCGAGGCCAUUUUCGAUUCUUUCAAUUUGAACCCUCAACUCUUUAUAAACGAGGUACUUAACGCUGUUGAUGACAUGGUCGAUGGGGCAUUUGAGUUCUACGAACAGGAUGCAUCAAAGCUUUUGGCUAGAACUGGGGCAGAUCAAUCGGAUGAGCUAAAGAAGGGUAUUUCUUCCAUUCGUCAUAUGAUUCAAGUAGUUUUGAACAGGCGAAUGGGUAUGUGGGAGAAGUACUGUCUUAGGCACUGCUUCACCGUUCCUGAAGGAUUCUCAUUAACAAAAUCUUCACCUGAUGACACUCCAAUGGAUCUAGAUGCACCAUCCGAUGCAGAGCUUGAUGCUCAGUUAGAUUCUUUGAGGGACAAACUGUCUGCGGUUGGAAAUGAGUCUGUUGAGCUGCAGAGAGAGCUUCAAGCACUUGAGAAGCAGUCUAUCAUCAAUGAUAGUUAUGCUGGAUCUGUCAAUGAGGCAUUACAAUUAUUUGAACAGAACUCUAUGUAUGAGACUUCACAAGAGAUCAUACGUGUUGCAUCUGAACUCCGUACUAGAAUGGAGAAGAUGGAGAUGAAAAGGAAGGAAGAAAUUGAUCAUAUCAGAGUGGAAAGGAUAUAUAAACCGAACAGAGAUCAGACUCUGAUGAAGCAUAUAUAGCAAGGGUGUAAUAUUUCUCUUCAGGUAUUGCUUAUUUGGUCGCUGAAUCUGAGUUACUGGAGUAGAGUAUAUGAAUGUAUGUCUAUGUUGUGAAGCUUUAAUUUUGUUCUAUUGGCCCCUCCAAUGCUAACCUGGAAUAUCUUCAUGAGCUUGCAGCUGAUAUGAACCUGUGAAUUCCACAAAAUUCCUUUGUAGCAGAGGAUCUUAUGUUAUUCCAAUUGGUUGUAAAGUUUGUUUGAUGAUUAGUAACUGUAGUUGUCACUAUGUAUGUCAAAAUGUCAUCAUGUUGAACAUGCUUAUGCUUGUAGGUGGAUACCAAAAGUAAUGUCAUCUACUAUCAAAGGCUGAAUGAAAUAUACCAUCAAAUUUUUUUUU